CUGAAUUUCCAAAGACAGCGAAACAAAGCGAGUCACUCAAGGACAAAAAGUGUCUGUUCUUCUUGUUAAUUCAACAAAUCCGCAAAAUAACUCACAUAAAAUUUCUCUCGUCCAUGAUCCAGAAUUGCUCGUUCAUUCGAAUUUCAGAUGAAGGCUCCUCCGGAAAGGACUAAAGUGGUUAUUAGGCAUUUGCCUCCGUCUCUGGUUCAGUCCGAUCUCCUCCAACAAAUUGAUGAUCGCUUUGCUGGUCGGUUUAAUUGGUUCUCUUUUCGUCCCGGAAAGAACAGUUACAAGCAUCAGAAGUAUUCCCGUGCAUACAUAAACUUCAAUUGUGCUGAAGAUGUUUUUGAGUUUGCUGAAUUCUUUGAUGGACAUGUCUUUGUUAAUGAGAAAGGUGCCCAACACAAGGCCAUUGUUGAAUAUGCACCUUUCCAGCGUGUUCCAAAGUUGAGUACCAAAAAGGAUGGUCGUGAAGGGACUAUAUAUAAAGAUCCAGACUACCUUGAGUUUCUCAAAGUUAUUGCAAAACCUCCUGAGCAUCUUCCUAGUGCGGAAAUACAGUUGGAAAGAAAAGAAGCUGAGCAAGCUGGGGUUGCCAAGGAAGCACCAAUUGUCACUCCAUUGAUGGAAUAUAUUCGUCAAAAGCGUGCAGUUGGGAAUGGCGCACAGGCUUCACCAGUUGUGACAAAAAUUAGCAGAAGAGCCAGGGCGGCUUCAUCCAGCAAGCCUGCCUCAGAGAAUACUAGACGAGAGAAGAAAAAGUAUGUUCAGAAGGACAAUGCCAAAAGUAGUAAUCGGAAAGACAAAUCAAGCUCUACUGGGGCUCCCCGGCGACAAGAUCAACCAUCUGCAUCUAGUUCAAAAGCAAUAUCUGAAAUUGGAGCUGCGCAUGGAUUUGAAGGACCUAUCUCAGCCAUCCCUCUGCCUGCUGGCUCUGGAAAGAAAAAAAUCCUGCUGGUUAAAGGGAAAGAACGAGAAAUUCUCAAUGCUGCCGAGAGUAUGGCACAACAGCAAAGUGUACAAUCUGGAAAUCCUGCUGUUCCCACUGCUUCAAAGCAAAACCAGAGACGCGAAUCUAGUGGAAGAUUGAUUAGGAGCAUACUUCUAAAUAACGAAGCUCGUCAAAGCCAGUCUGCAACUUCUGCUCAACAGAAAGUUCAGAUCUUGAGUUCUGAGAAUGGUAAGCGGCCACCUCGGAAUAUAAGUGCACGGUCUGGGACAAAUGGUCUAGUCUCCAAUCAUGAUGCAGGCCAAGUUAAUUCUGAGGGGGAUUCUAAAAGGCCGUUGGAUGAGAAGUUCUUAAAAAGGGAUCUGCAUGGUUUGGGCAGCGGUGAAAAAGCAGAAAGACGUGCUAGAAACAAGGAUAGACCUGAUCGUGUUGUUUGGACUCCUCUUCGUCGAUCUGAUGUUUCUCACCCUGUUAACGAGCACUCAACAUCCUCCGUGUCUCAAUCUACCCUGUCACAUCCUGAAUCAGUUGAAGUGCCUGCAGGAGAAAUGAGAGAUGAUGUCUUUUCUGGAAACAGAAAGGGGGAAUACUCAGCCUCUGCUGGUGGUCGUAAUAGUUCCUUUCUUGAGAAUGGUUCUCAAAGACAUUUUGUUCGUCGUGGAGCUGCCCAUACAGUGAAGGAUGAUGCUGCAGUCAGCUUAAGUGAAGCAAAACCUUCUAAGAAAGUUGUAAGUGGGCAUGGGGCUCAUGAGAAGCAAGUGUGGAUUCAGAAAUCUUCUUCAGGGUCAUAAAAUAUCUAAAGGUGGUUUGCGUGACUGACAGAUUACGGACCACUACAACAGCAAUAAUUCCUCGAAGUUUUGGGGCGGAUCAUUCCUGCUAUGAGCUAUGGUCUCCGUUAGGGUCCUGCUACGAGCUAUGGUCUCCAUUAGGGAUCGUCCUUAAUGAAUUCAGGUCAACCCCAGGCUGGGCUAUUUUAAAAG